AUGGCUCUUGUCCAUGGAACCCUGACUGCUAGGGAUCGUCUAACAGGAUGGAGCUUGCUUGAGCAUCAGGAUGACCUGCGAAGACGGAUUGGGACGUCUUUGGCCCAGUAUCCAAUCAGUUACCUUUACGACGACGAAGUCGAGGCAAGCCCUGCAGGCUGUCUACAGCUGCAGGGGUUUCAAGCAUUCCUGCGCCACAUCCGAAGAACGCUGCACGAGUCGCCGCGAAGCCAAAGCCUGAAGGCUUUGACUCAGAAGUUCCGGACAGCGGCUGUGCCACCAUCUCCCAUGGCUGAGUUGUACGAGCUUCUGGACUUGAGAAACGAUGUGCCUGCCCUGGCUGUUGCAGAGGCCGUUGAAUCCGUAAAGCCGAGCCGGCGCUACUUGCAGUGGCAGGCCGCAUGCGAGGCAGCGAAAAAACCCGGCAGGCUCGAAUGUCAUGAGGAGAAAAUUCGGGAAGGACUCUGUAGAAAGGCACGAGCUCAAGGUCUCCCAGUGCCAAGUGAAGAGGAGCUUCAGGAGCAGCUUUCGCAGAUUCUACGCUCUGGAGUGGAUCGAGGAGUUGAACAUGCAGAGCGAGCGGCAAGGCUCCGGAGCGAGCUCAGCCUUGAUCCUGAGCAUUUGAGGUGGCAGCGGGUUCGGAGUUUGUGGAAGGAGAGUGGUGGCGAAGAGCUGCUAGCCCAGUACCAAGCUUUAGAUCGGGCACAGGGGGACGAUCGCCGCAUUCAUGGCAGCGACUUCGAAGCCACCGAUGCCAGGCUUGCAGCAUCUCUCGCUGUGGCACUGCUACAGUCAAGGGCCGAUCUCUUUCCUGCUGCUCCCAGUGCCGUAGAGGCCCCAGACUGCGAAGUCAAGUUCCUCCAGGGGUGUACAUGGCACGAUUCAAAGAGGCGCAUUUGCGGCGAGGUUGACGUAGUGGUUUUGGCAGGCACACCUGGUGAAGAGGCAUGGCAAGGGCUUGCCGUGGCGAUUGUUGAGAUGAAGAGCGGCUGGUUUGAGCUACCUGCGGCCCUUCUGCUGCAGCACGCUUCCAAGAUUUCCAGUGCCCAAAAUGGGGAAGCUUCUCUGUAUUGGAACAGUCACCACAUUCAGCUGGGAGAUCCUUAUGUUUUCGUGGCAACACUGAUCCCUCAUCAUCCCUUUGUGAUCGGCUUGGAUCCGGAGCUUCUCCGGGCAGUCAGCAAGAAGCUCUUUCAAGGUAACUCCGUGGCUCCAGUGGAAGAGGAUUUGGCCGAGUGCGAGAAACUCCGCAACUCUCUGCGAGCCGAUCAUCACCUGCGCUCCAGGCUGUCGCUGUCCCCACACGGAUUGCUUCAACAUCCGGAACUCAAGCACAGGACGGCUCGAAUACACCGAGAUGGAUCUCCCGGCGUGGUUGAUUCGCAGCUUCGCGUUCUUGGAACGACCAACUUACGGGUAGCAGACACCUCAGUUUAUCCGGAGUCACCAUCUGGACAUAGCGAUGCACCUGCAAGACUUGUUGGCGAGCUUUGCGCUCGCUUCGUGCUUCGUGACAUCGCUCGUGCGACGGAUCCAGUUAAGGAUCAUGCUGGUGGACCUGCUGUUCAGCUUCGCGGGUAUCGAGGUGUUCGGAUGCCAUUGCGUGGGUUCGGCACCAAUGGCGUCCGGGGCGAGAAGGUGCGACAGUCUUUGACCUCGUUUUUUCAGCUUGGUGGACGGAUGGUUGACACAGCGGUGCUGUAUGAAAACCAUGUUGACAUCGGCCGCGUCGUUGCCAACAGCAAGAUACCACGCGAGGAGGUUUUCAUCGUCAGCAAGAUUCCGCCAACUCAGAUGGGGUUGGACGAAAGCUACGAAGCUGUCCUCCGAAGCGUGAAAGAGCUUGGCACACAUCUGGAUUUGGUGCUGCUCCAUUGGCCCUCUAACUUCGACAAGAAGGAUCCGCUCCCCGCCUGUGCAAGCGUGUCCUGGCGGGCAUGUCGAGCUGCCGCAUGGAAAGGGCUGGAAAGAGCCUACAUGGAGGGCAAGGUGCGAGCCCUGGGUGUGUCGAACUUCGGCGUGAAGCAUCUCUCUGCAUUGUUGGCGGAUGGUCCGUCAUUGCCAAUCGCAGUGAACCAGAUUGAGCUGCACCCCUGGUGGCCUCAGCUGGCCUUGCGAAAGUAUUGCAAAGAGAAGCAUAUAGCGCUGAUGGCCUAUGGCUCCUUGGGAAGCUCCUUGCUAGGUGGCGCCACACUCCGCUCACCAGCGGUCGCGAAGGUCUCGAAGAGAGUAGGCCGGUCGCCAGCUCAAGUGUUGCUGCGCUGGGCGGUGCAGCAGGGCGUGGCCGUGAUUCCGCAACCAGUCCGGGCAACCGUGGUCCCAUGGCUGUAA